UCUGAGGAAUCCGCUCAUGAAAAUUACUCAUCGUUAUCGUGUAGCACAUAAAACCAGAUACGGCUGUUCAUAUGUGCUCUCUGUAGUCCUAAGCAGAAUAUAUGGUUCCUCAUUCAUUGACAUUUGUUAUUUCAAAAUUCAGUUGUUACUAAGAGGACUAUUAUUUUUAACCUAUAGUGGGAUACGAAGGAUAUUGGCAACGUCUUACAUUGCUGCUUAAGUGGAAUUGUACACAGGCAGUCAAAAGGAAGCAGUGCAGUUUGGCUGGAAUUAUUCAAUAUACACCACUUUUAUUACAAGUGUUGUUGAGCAAUCUCUCAUCAUGGAGUGGCUGUUUGGUCGCAAGAAGACACCAGAAGAAAUGCUACGCCAAAAUCAGAGAGCUCUGAACAAAGCCAUGCGGGACCUUGAUCGUGAACGCCAAAAAAUGGAGCAGCAGGAAAAGAAAGUUAUUGCAGAUAUUAAAAAAAUGGCAAAGCAAGGGCAGAUGGAUGCAGUAAAGAUAAUGGCCAAAGACCUGGUUCGCACUCGUCGCUAUGUAAAGAAGUUCAUUGCCCUUCGAGCAAAUAUUCAGGCAGUAUCACUGAAGAUCCAGACCCUUAAAGCUAAUAAUACGAUGGCCCAGGCUAUGAAGGGUGUCACGAAAGCUAUGGCAACAAUGAACAGACAGCUCAAGCUACCACAGAUUCAGAAGAUUAUGAUGGAGUUUGAAAAGCAGUCUGAGAUGAUGGACAUGAAGGAAGAAAUGAUGAGUGAUGCCAUUGAUGAUGCAUUGGGCGAUGAGGAUGAUGAGGAGGAAAGUGAUGCCAUCGUUGCUCAGGUGCUGGAUGAAUUAGGACUUCAGAUGGCUGAUGAGUUGUCAGGUUUGCCAGGAACUGGAUCAUCACUGUCUGCAAAAGCAGGUCCUGCCAAAGCUCCACAGGCAGCUGCUGUUGGAGAUGCUGAUGCUGAUCUUGAAGCUCGAUUGGACAAUUUAAGGCGGCAGUGAUAACAUUUGCCAGUCCUUUACAACAUUUUCCUUUGUCCAUUUUUUUAAAAAUAUGUCUGGUAAGAGCAUCAGUGGCAUAAAAAUAAGACAUAGUAUAAGAUCUAAAGAAAAUAACUAAAAUAAGAUAAUAAAAAUAAAACAAGAAAAUGAUGGCAUUUCACACGAAAUAUUUAAUUACCGUAGCACUUUUCUGUGUAGUCCACAAUGAUUUUUCCUGUAAAUGUUUAAUAAAUGUCUUGUGAAUAGAGUUGUGAAGCAACAUCAAGUAUAUAUUGGUCUGCCUAGAACUUCAACACAUUAUGCAUAACCCUGCUGUAUUUUAUAGAUUUAUUAUUUACUAUUAUUAAAAACUGUUACUAAAGGAGUUAAAGAGAAUAACAUAAAAAUACCUGUAACCUAAAAUCUGAAAUAAUAUUGCUGGAUUAAAGCAUCCUAUUUAACAAGGAAAGUGAAAAACAACACAAAGGAGUGACAUUGCUUCUAUGUAAAAUAUUUAUUUUUGAUUGAGAAGUGUUUUCUGCGUGGUUGAUUUUUUUUUUUUUCCUUGGAACAUUUGAUAGGUGUACUGUUUGGUCAUAACUAUAUGUAUGGUGAUUGUAUAGUAUGAUGGUGAAGAGAGGAAGUCAAAGUUAAUGAGUAUGUGCCGUAGGGUAUAUCGACUGAUGUUUUGUUGUUUUUUCAGUUUUUGGAAAAUGCAGACAUGCUGUUUGAGAUUAUGGGGCUAUUACCAUGAAUGGUAAUUAACUUUUAUAUAACUGUGUUUAUAAACUUUCAGCCACUUUUAUAUAACUUAAGCAGUAUGGUACAUUUUGAUAAUUUCCUUUUGGAUUGAAGUUUAGGAGAAACUGUAAUACAUGUAUGAUGUUCAAAUUGUUUGAGCUGCUUUAGUUCUGUGCCUCAUGCUUGUAAAUAGUCAACAAAUAGUGUGAAAGACUCAUUUACAUUUAACAAAAGUAGCAAUAUUUAAGUGACAAUUUUGGUCUUUUGUGAAUUCUUUCUCAAAUCAUUUGACUGUAACUGUAAAUAUUUGUAUAUGCCAUAAACAGAAUUUAAAUUUUUUUUUUUUCUUUUGGGGGGGAUUGAAUUUGGGGUGUAUGGGGAAACAUGAAUGACCUGCUAUGACCAAUAGCUCUCUUAGUAGGGAGUAUAUAAUAUCCUUGUUCCUUGAAAUAAGCUUUUCACAGAUAAGCUCUACUAGUGAUCAGUCCGCCACCCCACCCAUCUCCUCUUGCAGAAAAAAAAAACCUCUGAGAAACUUGCAGACUAACCGACAAGAGGUUACAAGUUUAAUGCUUUCGUUAGCUUGUUUUUAUGUAAACUGCACUGAGAUAAACUCCCAUGCUUUCAUCUCGCCAUAAAAAUACAAAUCACUGUUGUAUACCUGGUGGGUUUUUUUCACUACUCUUCUCUGCUACUUUUGAAGUAGCUUAAUAACCUUGUUUCCCACCACAGAAUGUGGUCUGAAUAGGACAUUAAUAAUAACCAUUUUAGAAAACUAAAGAUGUGUAUAGAUCAUGUAAUAUUUAUAUAUGUGUGUGUUAAGGUGGGCCAUUCUCAGAUCGCUUCAUAAAACUGACAUUAAACAAAUGAGCAUUGCUUUACUUUUUUUUAUGGUGGGAAUAAUGGUAUUUGGGUAUUAUCCAUGGCCAUAUACAGAAUGGACUACUAGCUGAUGAAUUGUCAUGCAAACUCCAAGAAUGGGUCUUUUGCAUAUGAGCUUUAACAUAAAAAUGGAAAGCACAUAGUGUAAACUCUUGUGUUGAUGGAAAUGCAACAUCUCAUACUUGUACGCUCUGUUUUUGGUUAAUUGGCUCUAAGCCAGGGGGAGUGGAGGCUGAAGACUUGCUGGAAAAGGGAGAAAAACCCCCAAAGCUAAGUAACAAACAUACUGGCAUAUAAAAUUUAAAAAAUUUGGCACUCUCUAUUCCCCAUCUAACCGGGUCCGAUGGCGGGGUGUGGUUGCGGCCCUAUGCUCCACGGGGUGAAUAGGAACAAGAAGAGAAGAAGAAUUCCCCAUCUGCUGUGGUUCUGGACAUUGUUUUUUUUUUAAGAGCUUACCGAGACUGGUCAGCUUAAGACUUGAGGAGAGGCUAAACUUUCCAAAAAACUGCCAGCAAUCCAGUUUGUGUUGGGUCCAUGGUAUGAAUCUAAAGUCUACCUUUUGGGUUGUCUGUUUUUGUGAGUGGCAGAGGAAAUAACUAGAAAAUAAGGUGAUAGAAAAUAUUAAUUAAGGACAAAAUCUAUACUGGGAAGAUCAGGAAUAGUAGAAAAAUGCACAUCUUAAAUGAACAUCCCGUGAGUGGGAACUUUGUUAUAGCCAUGUACAUUGUAUGCUUUCACAAUGCAAAAUAAUAUCCAUCAGUCCCCACGUGUAUGUGGGAUCAUAAAAAUAUGUAUGUUGCAAAUGUGCAGAUUCUUCCAUUGCCAAUGAAUAAAAAUCACAAUUUCAUAUUUGUUAAAGCUGUGCUUAUAUUUCAUGUUUCUGCUACCAGACUUUUGUCUUGGAUAGCAAAAUUCUGUAAGAUGUUGGCAGUAAAAGAAAUGUAUAAAUGUUCUGUCACUGUACAUGUUUAUUGUACAUCUUUUUUACCUUGAGUUGUACAAGUCAUGUGCAGCUUAUGAGCAUGUAAAAAGCCUACGUGCUUAUGCAAGCACUACAUACUGUGUUGUAUAUAACAUAAACAAUAAAUUUUAAAUGUUUA